GCUUGAUAAUUCCGCCGCUCCAAGCAUUGAUUAUUGCCCACUGUGUGUGUGACAUACAUCAAGGCAGACAUGCAGUCGAGCGCUUUCAAAUACUACUAUUUAUUUAUGUCCGUGUAGUGUGUAAAUGUGUAGAAAAUCACCUUCGAACAGCACCGUCUCGACUACGCCGCCACCAAGUCGCAAAACUCUCCCGACUUUCAAAAUUCAAUCGCGAUGAAGUUUGCGAAAACGUUGCAUUUUUCGAAAUUUUUACAUGUUUUCGAGUGACGCGAAAAUGAUGCCACAAAUCGUGAUUAUUUCGAAUGGUGGAGGCGUCGAUCUGAUUUACUAUGAGAAGGGUGUGAAUUGAAGGAGACAUCAUGGGGAAUUCUUGCAGCAGCGGACAGGCUCACAAGGAUAAGGACAAUAUGUCCCAGAGGUCCGAAGAGUCUGGUAGCUACCAAGUCCGCGCAAGUUUACCAUCCGAAAAACAGCAGACUCUCCUCAACCACAUAACGCCCCAUUCUGGAGUGAUCCUCGAGCCUAGUACCGCCGGUCAACCUCCCCUUCAAACCGCCGCUCCUCCACCCACAGCACCCUCAACACUAACCGUCUCCGAAAAAAAAACCAACAUCUCCAAAAUCCUCAAAGGAGUAGCAGCAUCCAGCAUUUCUGCCGAUUCCAUGUCUCUGAGUUCACCACCAGGCACACAAAGCCCCCAAGGAUUCGAUAAGCUAUCAGAGGGACACGUUCCAAAGGAGGUCUCCAGCCUCUCCGAACAACUCCAAAAUUUGAUAAUGGGCCGAGUGUCUCAAGCCAAAACUGCGUCCAGAACGCGCAAAAUUGUCAUCUACGUUUGCGCCGCAGACUCGCAAGAUUGUUACGUGGAAAAGGGCGUCCUCCACAACAGUGUUUACCCAGAACUGAGGGCUCACUGCCGGUCGAAAGGUUACGAACUACACAUUGUGGACCUACACUGGAAGACCCUCUUGGAGAAACAACAAGACCACGAAUUCCCCGAGCUUUGCAUUGGAGAGCUUACAAGGCAAAUGGAAGUCGCCUACAUCAUUCCGGUACUUUUCCUGAACAAUUCUCUCGGAACACCUCUCUUGCCCAUAACCAUCGAAAGCGCCGAUUUUAAGAUGGCAAUGGAAAGUGCCGAAAACCAGUCAGCUCAGACCCUCCUCUCCAAGUGGUACCAGAUCGACAGUGAUGCUCAACCCCCUUGCUACCGCCUCCAGCCAAUUUCCUACCACAUCCCGGGCUUCAAGGAAACAUCCCCAGAAGAGCGCGAACGCGCUUUCGAAGAAUGGCGCACCGAAAUCGAUAAAAUGUUGGCGGUACUUAUCACCGUCUUCACGCAAGAACUGCGCGACACUUAUCUCACGACAGUGGUGGAGCAAGAGGUGCACAACACGGUGUUCAUGAGCCAAGAGUUGGCCAAACGCUGCAUUUGGAUCAACCGCGUUUACACACCCACGGCCAAAACCCCGGACAAUUUGAGUCCGGGGGAUGCAGAGCUCUACCGGAGGCUCAACACGCUACAGAAAGAUCUGAGAAACCAGUUGGCCGAAAAACAUAUUGUUAGGAUUCCGGUGAAGUAUGUGGAGGGUGGUUUGAAUCCGGAGAUUCCGGAACACGCGCAAUACAUAGCUCAAGUGACUGCUCACUUACAAAAACACCUAGUGGAAAUGAUGGACUCGAUUAUCGAAGAACAUCAGGGGAAAACAAUGCUGAAGCCGAGUCAAGGGAUCGAAGCGCCGCUUUUCGAAGAACUGAACCAACAAACGAGCUUUUGCCAAAAGGCCGCACAAUGUAGUAUUAAUAGAGAGAAAACGAUUAACGAAAUUAAAACGUAUAUAAUGGGAGAUAACCCAGUUCCUCUAAUAUUAUACGGCCCCGGUGGUUGUGGCAAGACUACUCUGUUGGCCCGAGUAGCGCAAUGUUGCCAGCAGUGGCUGCCGGAAGCCUUCCUAAUUUUUAGAUUCAUCGGUAUCAGUGCCCAAUCAAGCACAAUAGAGCAAUUACUAAGUUCGAUAACGAAUCAGUGUUCGAUUUUAACGUAUGGACAUAAAUGUUACUGUAUACAUAAUAUAGAAACUUAUGAAAAAAUCCUUCCAAAUCUCUUAGCAGCUAGUUGUCUCCAGCGCCCUUUGAUAAUAAUCCUCGACGGCAUAGACCAAGUCCGCUCUUACAGUUCCAAAUCGAUCGAGUGGCUUCCCACCAAACUACCCGACAACAUCAAGCUGGUGCUCUCUGUAUCAGAGGGCAGUGACGAGUUCCUGCAAAUCGGCAGGAAAAUCAGCCCGAACACCUUCAUCAAGAUGCCGCUUCUGGGCGAGGCCGAGGCGAAGAACAUCCUCAUGUCCAGUGUGAUGCAAUACAAUCAUAGCGUUAAUUCUAAAAUACAAGACUGCGUUCUCAAGUCGGUUCAGGAGUGCACGCUGCCGCUCUACUCCAAGGUGCUCGCCUGGCAAACUUCCUGGUGGGCGGACAAGGAGCACGACAUUGUCCCGAAAGGACACGUUAACGAUCAGAUCAGUCUCAUGCUGGAGGAGCUCGAGACGAUUUUGGGCGUCACGCAAGUCCAGCACGCUCUUGCAAUAAUUACAAGCACCAAGCAUGGGGUCACAGAUUCGGAGAUGAUCGAUUUGUUGGCGUUUGACGACAGUUUUCACAGCACAACCACUUACGUUCCUUGGGCGCCGGCUUGUUUGACUUGGUCGAGACUCAACAAGCACCUGGCGCCCUUUUUGCAAUGGACGUUGACUGGGGGGGUUUUGGGGGUCCAAUGGAGGGACAAUAUGCUGAGACAAGCGGUGGCAGUGCGGUACAAGGAACACGCCAAAUGGGCAAACCAAAUGAUUUACGAUUAUUACACGGGCAAAUGGUGGGCCAGCAAGCCAGCGAACGUCCUGGCACGUCUCGUGUCACAGGAGACGAUUCUGGGAAAAUGUUAUAACAGGCGGAAGCUGGACGAGCUGCCGUUCCACUAUUAUCAGUUGAACGGGGAGAUCGAGAACUCGCCGUACAUUUCGGACAUUACGUGGAUUUACGACAAAGUCUGCGGCUCGAACUGCUACCAAAUCCUCGAGGACAUUAAUUUGCAGAAAAGUGUGAAGAACGAGCUGACUUUAAUGUUGCGAGAUUUUAUAGAAACCCACGCCAGUGUCCUCAACUACGACGGUCGACAGUUCUAUUCGCACUUGUACAAAUACUUAGAAGGCAAAGUUAGGCGUAAGGAGAUUAGUUUAGAGUCGAAUUCCACCCUAGCCCAGGUGUACAACGUGGCGAAAAACCCGCCAGUUUUGUCACUUAUCCCGCUAAACGCUGGACAGGGGAAAGGCGAUGCCUCUGCCCCCCUUUUCCAGUACUUCGAUUUGGUCACGAGACUACCGGAAACGGACCAAUUUGUCAUAAGUGUGUCCACAAGCAAGGAGGAAAUAAGCGUUUGGGACGUGAAAAAGUGCGCUCAAGUGCGCGUUUUGAAAGGCAUUCCGCAUCCGACCAACCUGAUCCCGAUUGACCAAUACAGGUGCAUAGUUCUUUGUCGGAGGGAGUUGAGGAUAUACAACCUGGACUGUGGUACCUUCAUGACCAAACUGAAGGGCGUCAUGAACCAGAAAAUGCCUUACUUCGGGCUUCAUGACCAAAGCCACUUGGUGGCACUUAGCAGAAACCGGAUGUAUGUUAAUCUUAUGAACCUGGAGACUGGCGAUUGUGUCACCACAUUCAAGGCUGGGGAGGACCGCUUUCUCAAUUCCCUGCUGGUUUCGGGGGAUGGGAGAGUCCUUGUGUGUGGCGACGAGACACAAAAGCCGUUUCCGCUCCUAGUGUGGAACCUCCAGUCCAGAAAACUAUUAUAUGACCUUAGAAUACCUCAUCACGAUUUUAUAACUUCACUGUCGGCUAUCACGUACGAAGGUAGUUACGUUUGCUGUGUUUGUCACGAAAUAGACGAACCCAACCCGAAUUUCAUCGUUGUGUAUGAUUUGCAAAGUGGUACUUUAUUUAAAAAAUGGAAACCGUCAUGUAACACGGUUUCCUUAGAAAUUAGCUCACAAGGCGGCUGUGUCAUAUCCGGUCUCGAGGACGCUCGAAUACUCGUUUGGGACCUUAUUACUGGUAACUGUCGAUGGUCUUUAUGUGGCCACACCGCUCCCGUUUCCUCCCUCAAGCUUGAUCCAACGGGGGGUUUGUGUUUGUCGACGGAUUCCGAAUGCAGAGAUAGAUCCAUCCGGCUUUGGGAUCUCAAUAAAGGCAACUUGGUGUCGGUUUAUACACCAACCAGGAACAUUGCAGCGUGUGAACUGACGUCCAACGGCCACUACAUCGUCCUGGCCCUUGAAGGCGAGGAAGAAGUGGUAAUUUUGAAGCUAACAGGACUCCGUAUGGACCUAAACGAGGAAAACGAAACGUACGGAGUGGCGGAGAACACUGGCAAAACUUUUGAACUGAAGGAGAGUGAUGCGUGCUGACCGAAAUAGUUUAACUCUUUUCAAUUAUCACAGGAAUUGUUUAAAUGUAAUUAAGAAUUCUCCGAGUCGUGCUUAUUUGUCAUUGUUUUUUGGGCAAAAAAUACACACAUUUCGAUGGACUGUGCUGGUAGCAGAUCCAGACUACUUCUUUUUUAUGAGUUGUAAUAGUUUAUUGGAUUGUUCCUGUCCUUGUACAUGUACCUUCAAUUUCUAUCAACUUUGCUUAAUUUACUUCAUGGAACGGACUGAUCAGAAAUUGUCAAAAGGAAAUCAAGAGUCACUCCACUGCCAAAAGAAAAUCACGACGGUUGCCAAAGUAUUUGUAACGCUAAGACUUCGACUUUCGCAAAAACGUUGACAAAGAAGCCGGCUAACCAAUGUUAUAGAGUAUUUUAAGCAAAGUCCUAUUGUUGCAAAGAUAUAUUCCCAUCUGGUAUGCGGAACAAUAUAAUUAAAAUAUUAUAUUUGUAUGUUGUGAUUCUUGUGUAAAAAUAAAUGUAAUAAACGAUGAAACACACUCA